AUGAACUUGGCGGACUCGAGCAACGGAGAUGCAAAAGAAAAGGAAAUUCCCAGACCCCCUGCUCCUCCGACCUUCCACCCACUCUCUGCCGAGAUACUCACCCUCCUGAUGCCGAUGAGUGUGUUCGGCGUCUUGGCCAGACUAGGGUUGUCUGCAUUGACGACAGACAACGGGCAAAGCAUCUUCCCACUCAUCUAUGCGCAAGCUGUUGGCUGUUUGAUCAUGGGAUUCUGUCUUGACUUGAAGGAGCCCUUUUCAAGAUAUUAUCCACAGGCUUAUACGGCCCUUACUACCGGAUUUUGUGGCUCUCUGACGACCUUCUCUGGCUGGGAACUGGACAUAUUCAAGUCCUGGGUCAACGACGGCAGCAUCUCUCGUUCUGGACUGAGUAGUGCCAUCGACGGUAUCUGCAAGACCGUCUUUACUAUCUCUGUCUGCGUCUCAUCGCUGUUCUAUGGAAUGCAUCUCGCAAACUUGGCUUUACCUUACUUUCGGGCCCCUCAGCCCCCCAAGAUUCCACUUUGGAUGUCGCGUCCAAGGGAAGACGACGCUAUCGGUGCGGCCGAUGAGGCUAUGGAGGAGCAGGAAGACCAAGACGAUGGCUACACAUCGUCCACGCCAACGUCGACCCUGACUUGGAUUGCCUGGUUCUGCUCACUUCCGGGCCAUGAAUACUUCUGCGAAGUCACCGAGGACUUCAUCGAGGACGACUUCAACUUGACUGGGCUGAAUUCUAUGGUACCAUUUUGGAAGGAGGCGAUGGAGAUGGUAUUGGAUGUUGAGCCAGACGAGGAUGCGGCCAAAAUACCGGACGUCUCCAUUGUGGAGUCCUCUGCGGAGAUGUUAUAUGGGCUUGUUCACCAACGAUACAUUCUGGGGCGGGCGGGACAACAAGCCAUGUUCGAAAAAUACGAGAGUGGGGUAUUUGGGAUUUGUCCAAGGGUAUAUUGCAUUGGUUGCAGCGUCGUACCUUGUGGUCGGUCAGACAUUCCUGGCAUUGACACUGUCAAGCUAUUUUGCCCGAACUGCAACGACAUUUAUAUUCCUCCAAGUAGUCGGUUCCAAGGCGUCGAUGGCAAGUACUUAUUUCAUUUUUGCUACGUUCUAAUGCCAACCUUGAACUAUCGUGAAUCUGCCCCAGCGCCCUUCUGGAAGCCACCAUCUGGUGGGGGAGGGUCAACAUCACCGCGCAACACGUCGCGACUUUCACCAUUCUCGAAUCCAAAUCCGUAUGGUGGCCAGAAGCGGGCAGCCGGAUAUGUUGUGGGCCCCGGAAUGUCUUGGCUGAGGUUAAGGCCGGAAUCGACGGAGGAGUUAGAGCAGGUUGAUUGGAGAGGAAGAUGGAUUGACGAUGAAGAGUAUGAUUCAGCGGACGAAGACCAGGACCCUCAAAUGCAGAUGGAGGACUUUGACGGUGAUGCUGCUGAUGAUGAUGAAGAGGAUGAAGAUGACCAAGAAGAAGAGGAUGAAGAGGAAGUGACAAAGCCAACAGUAAUCACAAGACCACCACCGCCCUCAGGGGGCGUAACUAUAAUGUGCGGGCAGUUUCGGCUCCUUUUCCACAUUUCUCCUCAAGACUCGAUGGCGCGCACAAAUCUCCGCUACGGCCUUAACCAUGGCCACCCGACCACCGCCAUCCCGAAAACCGUCAAGCCCAGCCAACGCAAGGGCCACUUGUCGACCAAGACCAAGUUUGUCCGCUCCGUAGUGCGUGAGGUGGUUGGGUUCUCUGCCUACGAGCGUCGGGUGAUGGAACUUUUGCGCAACUCCAAAGACAAAAAAGCGCGCAAGCUCACGAAGAAACGGCUUGGGACGCUGCUACGCUCGAAGCGCAAGUUGGAGGAGUUGCAGGGUGUUAUCCAAGAGAGCAGACGGGCGGCCCACUAA